CCUCCCAUACCCUCCCUCCCUCCUAUACCCUCCCUCGUUCUGCUCCUUACUUCUCCCCUGUUCUAUACCCUAUACCUGUAUACAUACUGUACACAUUGCACACACUUUCCCUUCUUCUAUGCAUACUCACACCCACACCCACACACGCACACACAUGCAGAUAUGAACAUGAUGGCAGACUCAAAUGUGUCUACCAGAUAAGAUUCAUUCCAACACUCACUCAACAAUAAGAGAGAGGACUGAAGGAUAAACAAUUCAAUAGAAAUGUCAACCUAAAAGGCAUCUCAAUUCUGUCUGGUGCAGCUACACUAAGGUAAUCUCUGGCUAAAGAAAUCAAAGGCUUCUAUCUACUUACAGCACUAGAGGGACAUAAUAUUGUAUCCACUCAUUAAAUAUAAAACCUAAAAGUGUAAAUUACUGGCCUCCUGCAACUCCAAUCAAAAUCUUAAAUACCUAACAUUGUGCCCAAAAUUCCUUCUUAUGCAAAUUAUACACUUGAAAGAGGCACUGAAUGUUCGAAUAUUUAAAGUCUAACUAAUAUUAAUGAACUAGGAUACUUUACAAGGGUCCAUGUGACACACUGUACUGCCACCAUUCACAUCCAGCUCAAACUAUCUGAGGAAAAAGUAACUGUGACCUCGGCAAUGACGCACACCUCUCACAAAGCUACCGACAAACAUUUCCCAGGCGACGGAAUCUUGACGAACACUGACAGGGAAGGCUCGUGGGAGGACAAGAAUGAAGGGGACAAGACGUUGGGGCUUGACGCAUUCAAGAAGGUGCAGCAAGAUGUGAUUCACCAGAUAAUAAUGAGUGAAAAUGACAAUACUUUGGAGACUGAAAGUGUUAAAAAAAGACAGCCACAAGACAUGAUAAAGGAAACUGUUAUGACUUUAUGAGUUGAGGAAGAAUGAAGAGGACAAGACUUCGGGGUUUGACAUGUUCUGAAAAGCUGCAAGGUGACACCAGACAAUCAUUAUGAGUGAAAAUGACAACACUUUGGAGAAUGACAGUGUUGAAAGGCAGUUGCAAGACAUGACAAAGACAACUGUUAUGACUUUGGGAGUUGAGGAAGAGUGAAAAGGACAAGACUUUGGGGUUUGACACAUUUUGAGAAGUUGCAAAAUGUGCUUCACCAGACAAUUAUUAUGAGUGAAAAUGACAACACUUUGGGAAUGACAGUGUUCAAAAGGACAACUGCAAGACAUGAGAAGAAGACUGUUAUGACUUUUAUGAAUGAUUACCAUAAACAUGACUUUCGGGGGUGAUGUUUUGAGAGGACGAUGCAAGAUGUGAUGCAGAAGAUAAUUUUUAUGAAUGAAAAUGACAAUAGUGAGGGUUGGUAGCAUUCCGAGAUGAGAACGAUAAGAUGUUAUUCAGGAAAUUAUUAUGAGAGAAUGACAUAAAGAAUGAAUGAAGACACUGCCCUUGAACUGACUCCUCUGCUGGAAAAAAAAAAAACAUUAUUCAGAACAAAAGUGAUAUGAAUGAAAAUGAGGUGAUGAGUUGAUGACAGUGAAAAGACAAAAGAAUAAAAACAUGAUUCAGAACAAAAGUGAUAUGAAUGAAAAUGAGGUGAUGAGUUGAUGACAGUGAAAAGACAAAAGAAUAAAGACAUGAUUCAGAACAAAAGUGAUAUGAAUGAAAAUGAGGUGAUGAGUUGAUGACAGUGAAAUGACAAAAGAAUAAAGACAUGAUUCAGAACAAAAGUGAUAUGAAUGAAAAUGAGGUGAUGAAUUGACGAUAGUGAAAAGACAAAAGGAUAAAGACAUGAUUCAGAACAAAAGUGAUAUGAAUGAAAAUGAGGUGAUGAAUUGAUGACAGUGAAAAGACAAAAGAAUAGACAUGAUUCAGAACAAGUGAUGUGACUGAGACAAGUGAUAUAAAUGAAAAUGACAAGACUUCAGGGAUUGAUUGACAUGUACAAGUUAUCAUUGCAGACUGAGAAGAAAAGUAUCAUGAACAAAACUGACAAGCCUAAGGACUGAAUGAAAAGGACACAACCUCAGGACUCAACAGACAUGUAUAAGCUAACAUUGCAAGACAUGAUUGAAAAGAAGAGUAUCAUGAUUGAGAAUGGCAAGACUAAGGGCCGACAUGUUCGCUUCAGAGGACAGCUGUUAUCCAGAAGACAACCCCAGACCAAAUAUAGACGACUCUCCUCCUCACAUCAGCUUUGGGGAUCAAGGACAUCUUUUGUGCUCUGGGUCAGUGCUGAAGGCAAGACUUGGUACCUUUUAUGUCCUAUCUGUUUAUUCUUGUCCACUGCAUUUUUUUCCAUUCCUCUGAAGUUCGAUAUGCAACUGAACAAUCAUAAAAAUAAAGAAUAUAAAUCACUCUUAAGUCACCUAUGUCUUAUCUUAACACCUCGGUUAAAUGUCCGAGAUGUUUAUUUUCCUGAUAUAAGCAUUGUGUCACAGAAACUGGUGGACAUCCCCAAACUCUCAACACACUGAGGAAGAUUAAAAACAUGACCUGCAGAAGGAAACACACAUUGAGAGGGAAGAAAAGACCCCGAACUCUCGACACACAAAUGGAGGUUAAAAACAUGACCCACGGAAGGACACACACACCGAGAGGGAAGAAACACAGAACAGUCGACAGUACAAAGACCAAAGGUAUUUAUGUGGAUAUUAACAGGUGUAAGAUUUUCACUGGCAGAGAUUGAACAACUCCUCCUGGCACUCCAUAUGCAGAUAGUACUUGUGUACCUGAGCAGGAGGACAAAUAAAGGUGUGGUUACUAUUCAAGAAGGUUACUCAACAUUACAACCAUCUGGGAGAACUUGGUAUCAAUGGUAUCCAGUAUGAAAAAGCUACGGCAAAGUUCUAUUUCAUCUUUUUUUGUCUUUUUUUGACUAGUCUUUUUCCUGCAAACUGUAACAAGGAGAUCAAGAAGCAUGAGAUCAGCUGAGGGCACUUAAUCCAAGCUGCAAUGAACGUUGAAAAAGAUGUACAAACAGACGCUGAGGAAGGAGGAACAACUGUAUCUCCCGACGAGUGGUUACGAGACGCUUGCUAUGGACAAAAGUCACGUUGGAAAGAGCUGCCUUAAGCAUGGAUGGCAAUGGUGGUGUUUGAGUUGAAAAUCCACCAAGUUACAUACGAUGGGAUGGGGGUUAGUCUGUAGUCAUGCAUGUGUUUGUGUGUGUGUGUGUUUCCGAGUAGCCAAGGUGUGUGUGUGUUUCUGAGUAGCCAAGGUGUGUGUGUGUUUCUGAGUAGCCAAGGUUUGUGUGUGUGUGUGUGUGUGUUUCUGAGUAGCCAAGGUGUGUGUGUGUUUCUGAGUAGCCAAGGUGUGUGUGUGUUUCUGUGUAGCCAAGGUGUGUGUGUGUUUCUGAGUAGCCAAGGUGUGUGUGUGUUUCUGAGUAGCCAAGGUGUGUGUGUGUUUCUGAGUAGCCAAGGUGUGUGUGUGUUUCUGAGUAGCCAAGGUGUGUGUGUGUUUCUGAGUAGCCAAGGUGUGUGUGUGUUUCUGAGUGGCCAAGGUGUGUGUGUGUUUCUGAGUAGCCAAGGUGUGUGUGUGUUUCUGAGUAGCCAAGGUGUGUGUGUGUUUCUGAGUAGCCAAGGUGUGUGUGUGUUUCUGAGUAGCCAAGGUGUGUGUGUGUUUCUGAGUUGCCAAGGUGUGUGUGUGUUUCUGAGUAGCCAAGGUGUGUGUGUGUUUCUGAGUUGCCAAGGUGUGUGUGUGUUUCUGAGUAGCCAAGGUGUGUGUGUGUUUCUGAGUAGCCAAGGUGUGUGUGUGUUUCUGAGUAGCCAAGGUGUGUGUGUGUUUCUGAGUUGCCAAGGUGUGUGUGUGUUUCUGAGUAGCCAAGGUGUGUGUGUGUUUCUGAGUAGCCAAGGUGUGUGUGUGUUUCUGAGUAGCCAAGGUGUGUGUGUGUUUCUGAGUAGCCAAGGUGUGUGUGUGUUUCUGAGUUGCCAAGGUGUGUGUGUGUUUCUGAGUUGCCAAGGUGUGUGUGUGUUUCUGAGUAGCCAAGGUGUGUGUGUGUUUCUGAGUAGCCAAGGUGUGUGUGUGUUUCUGUGUAGCCAAGGUGUGUGUGUGUUUCUGAGUAGCCAAGGUGUGUGUGUGUUUCUGAGUAGCCAAGGUGUGUGUGUGUUUCUGAGUAGCCAAGGCGUGUGUGUGUUUCUGAGUAGCCAAGGUGUGUGUGUGUUUCUGAGUAGCCAAGGUGUGUGUGUGUUUCUGAGUAGCCAAGGUGUGUGUGUGUUUCUGAGUAGCCAAGGUGUAUGUGUGUUUCUGAGUAGCCAAGGUGUGUGUGUGUUUCUGAGUAGCCAAGGUGUAUGUGUGUUUCUGAGUAGCCAAGGUGUGUGUGUGUUUCUGAGUAGCCAAGGUGUGUCUGUGUUUCUGAGUAGCCAAGGUGUGUGUGUGUUUCUGAGUAGCCAAGGUGUGUCUGUGUUUCUGAGUAGCCAAGGUGUGUGUGUGUUUCUGAGUAGCCAAGGUGUGUGUGUGUUUCUGAGUAGCCAAGGUGUUUUCCACAUGUCAUAUACAGUGUGUUUGAGUUGUCUCCAUAUUUACGUUUAUCUACAGUAGCUUAUUAAAACCUGUGUGUAUGUGUGUGUAUAUGAUUGUGUGUAUGUGUGUGUAUAUGAUUGUGUGUGUGUGUGUGUGUGUGCAUAUGUGUUUUGUUCUGGUAUCCUCCCCAGCGUUGCCAAAUUAUCGCACUCAUCACAUUGCAUUUUGUAGUUUCUAACCAAUAACGAAUGCAAAAACAAAUAAACAAACAUCAAUUAAUAGGAGUUUUAACGCUAACUUCAAUUUUCUAUCGUUAUUUGUGUAGGUACGAGAGUUUGAGGCUUAACCCUUUCUUUGCGCGUGGGACAGAACGCGACUAUCCCCUCAGGCGCAGUCAGGUAGCCCAAUGGGGGGUCUCUUUCAACCUCUGUAUCUCAAAAACUAUUUAUCACAAUUAAAAAACAAAAACACCACUGGAAAGAGGAGGCCCAGAUCUAUAGGAGUCGGUUAUGUAUACCUCUCCUGCGAAUGUACAUGCACGUUCAGGGAGUGACGAAUGUGAACACCUACGUCAGUGCGUGCGGGAUGAUCAGCCAAAUUGAGGGAACUGCGGACAUCUUUCCUUGAGAUUCUGGCAAGGCUGUAUUGUCAACUGCAAUAUUUAGAACUAUUUGGUCAAAGAAUCAGUCAGGUGAUAGGUGAAGCUAUGCAAAAAUGCCACUAUAUUGGAAAAGAACAUCCACCAGUUACUCGUCCGUAGAUUUGUCGUGCUGGACUGAUAUGAUUUUCCACCAAAUUUAGUGAAAAACCCACUCAACUGGUAAUCCUGUGUUGUGAAAAAUAGAGUUGGAACACUCUCAUACGCGGGAGAUUUGAGUGCGGCUGGAGCUCACAGCGAGUGUUUAUCACCACCAGCAAAUACGCCUAACGCUCGCUGCGAGCGUUUAGCAAUGAAAGGGUUAAAAGUAAUAAAGACGAAGUGGUGAAUACGAUAAUCUGGCAACGCUGAUCCUGCCCCAACCUGUUACAACCGUACUACCUGCCUCCCCACAUUCACCGAUCUACAUCUGCACUCUACCUGUCAUCCCUCUGGUACAAGCUACUGCCUCGCAAGUGUAUUAAGAAAGCAAGAGUACAGCUUCUGAUAUCUGGCAAGGGCUGGAGACCUCUCGUGUUUCGUGUUUUCUUAGGAGCAGUGUUGUUGUCUGUUCAUCUCCCUUGUUCAGCCCUUUCUCUGUUUUUCUACAAUGUAUUAGGCUUGCAAGAGAGAAUGGGAGAGCAUGAAGAUAAGACAAAGAUGCUAGACUAAGUGAGUUGUCCCAUACUGGCCUACUGCUACCUCUGGAAGGUUUCAAACUGAGGAGCAAUGUAAGAAAAUAGUAACUGAACACCUGUAUUCUUGUGUGUGCGAGGGAGAAAGGGCCAGAGACAAAGACAGAGACAGUGAAAGAGAAGUAGUAGAGUAUCCAGAAGCCUGUAUGUUUGUGUAUGAGAGAGAGAGAGA